AUGAAUCCAUAAUUAGCUUGCAUUUUAAUUCUGUGCAUAUAAGCAUUUGAAGUUAAAAUUAAUUUCGAGAAAGAAGCUACUAAAAAUUAUAGAAAAUGGCACUUCAGUACUUCAGAAGUUGAUAGUAAUAAGCUUAAAGGAAGUGAAGAUGAUUCUAAAAAAUAUUUAGAUGAUUACACAUUAACAGUAUUCUUAAUUAAUAAAUGAGAUUCCAUUAACUUUAGGGCAAACUUAAUUCUAAUAAACCAUAGAUACUACCUCAUUUAUCUCUUGGGUCUAUUCAAAAUAAGCUGAGUCUAAUUAAUGUAUUAAUUGCCCAAAUGAUGCAGAAAUAUUCAAAUGUGAAGGAAGUUGCUAAUAUUAGAAAACAAAAAUUAAUGAAAAAAAAAUAAGUUUAACAAAUGAAAAUACAUAUGGAGGUCGAGUAAUAGUUACAGGCUCAUAUGCAACUGAAGUAUGAACUAAUUCAUGAAAUAAGGAUUCUUUAGAAUUAAUGGGUUUGAAAGCAUAAUAGAUUGGUUUAGGACUAAUUGAUUAUUUAAAUUCAAGGGAAGAUCCUAAAUAUGAAUUUAAAGCUAAAAAUGGUGUCAUAGGUUUAGCAUAUGGCUCAGAUUAUGAAAAAUACAAAAAUAAAAAAAAUGCUAUGGUUUAGGAAGUUUAGGUUGAACCAACUUUAGAGUAAACUAAUAGCUUGCUUUAAUAGUAUAUUAAUUAUCUCAUAAAUAAUAUAGAUUUCAUUCAUAAUUGAAUAAUGUGCCAGUAUCAACAUUUUCAAUAAAAUUGGAAGAUAAUUUAUCUUUAUUGAUUAUUGGUGAAUAGUAAGACUAUUUUGCUUAAUCAAAAUUCACUGCUUUUUCUAAUAUAGGAAAGAAAGUGUGGGCUUUGAAAAUUAAUAAGAUUACAUAUGGAGUAGAAGGAAAGUUUGCUUGUAUAGAUUUAUUUUAUUUUCAAGCUUCUGGAACUGCUAUUUUUGAUAGUACUACAAGAUUUAUAUGGACAGAAAAUUCAAUUAUUUAAAAUUUUUUGAAAGAAAUUAAAAAGUUCUAAAUUGUAAUUUAAAUCUUUAUUUUAGGAUUGCUCCUUAUAAGAUGGUUUAUAUAAAUGUUCAUGUAAUGAUGAAUAAUUUGAAAAAUAUAAAGAUAUUUAUUUCUCAUUUAAUCUUUAAGAUAAAAUAGCUUAUCCAUUAUCAAAGCAAGAUUACAUCCAUAGAGAAAAUGACUAAUGCUUCCUCUUAAUGAAAACUAUAUCAGAUAAAAAUAAGUUAUUGGCUCAAUAAGAAUAACCUAUUUUAAUUAUUCCAUAUACAUUUUUUAAGUAUAACAAAUAUUUGAUCUAAUUUUAGAAAAAAUUAUGUGUUAUUCAAUUAAGACACAAACUAAAUUUUAAUAUCUCAUGGUUAUUAAGUAAUUCCUGAUGAAAUCCAUAUUUAAUAAAAUACACUUCUAUUAACAGCAAUUAUAGGAGUAUUGUUCCUUUUAUUGUCAUUGUUCCUUUUGAUAAAUUGUAUGCAGUAAUCAUUUUAAAUUUAAAUUAUAGCAAAGCUCCUUAUGAUUAGGAUUAUUUACAUCCAAUAAAUACAAAUAUCCUUGGAUACUAAAAACCUAUUUCUACGAAUUAACAACCUUCAUAUUAAUAAUCAUAAUAAAUUCCUUAAUUUAAUCCACAAUAUUAAUAAUCUUAAUAAACUUUAUAUGGACCUCCUCAAACAUAUUAGUAAUAACCUUAAAGAUCAUAGCCUCCUCUUUUUUAAGGUGGUCUCUAUAAUACAAGUCCAUAAAGAGCUAAUCAAAUAGGAAUAAAUUCUUAAUUUAGAUAAUGA